AUGGUAUCAUUAAACAACACGCUUCGUGAACGCUAUGAGGAACUACGAGUGUUGUUAGAUAGGGCUAUAGAAUAUUACAAAGCUCUUAGCACUACCUCUAAAAUCCUCCUCUGGGCUGUGGCCGGUUUACACCAAAUUCUUGGUGUCGUCAUCUGGCUCGUCGGUCCUAAGAAGAUAUUUGGAUAUAUUGCAAACAUUGCUCUCGAAUUACAGAAUUUGCCCUUUGGUUGGCUGAUACUAGUAUCCUGCCUUGUGGUGGCAUCGUUCCCGCCAUUAAUCGGCUAUGGAAUGCUGAUCACGGUAUGCGGAUUCGUCUAUGGCUUUCCAUUUGGCAUUCUACCGGCUGCAGCCGGCAGUAUCACCGGUGCGACAGUUGUUUUCCAGCUGAGCAGAGCUCUUCAAAAAAGCGCCUUUUGGAGCAGCAGGCUAAGUGCGCUGUCAAAUUCACCGAAAUGGCGAGCGAUCAGUCUCGCGAUAACUGAACGGGGAAUCGGUUUGGUUGUCUUACUACGAUUGUGCCCGAUACCCCCAUGGGUGUACAGCAAUUUGGGUUUCAGUCUAUUGCCAGAGGAGCAACUCAGUUAUUGGAACUUCCUUUUAGCCACGUUGCUUAGCACACCACGACUUUUUCUACAUGUUUUCAUCGGUUCACGCCUAUUCAAUCUCUCAGAUCCCAAUCAGGAGCUCGAUGGGACAAGCAAAAUGAUCGACAUCGCAAGCAUAGUCACAGGAAUGACUCUUUCAACCGCACUGGGGUGGUACGUCUACAAGACGACAAUGCGCAAGAUUAAAGAGAGUGUGCAUGAUGUUUAUGAUGAUAAUGAAAGUCUAUUGUCAGAGUUACGGUAG